AUGCCGGGGGCCGUGUCCCUGUGCUGGCCUGAGACCCCCGCGGGGCUUGGUGCUGCUGGGCACUGCCAGACCCCAAACCCUUUAUCCUCCCUUUAUCUCCCCUCGGGGUACCCCAAACCCUUUAUCCUCCCUUUAUCUCCCCUCGGGGUACCCCAAACCCUUUAUCCUCCCUCCAUCCUCCCCUCGGGGUACCCCAAACCCUUUAUCCUCCCUUUAUCUCCCCUCGGGGUACCCCAAACCCUUUAUCCUCCCUUUAUCCCCCCUCAGGGUACCCCAAACCCUCCAUCCUUCCUUUAUCCUCCCCUCGGGGUACCCCAAACCCUUUAUCCUUCCUUUAUCCUCCCCUCGGGGUACCCCAAACCCUUUAUCCUUCCUUUAUCUCCCCUCGGGGUACCCCAAACCCUUUAUCCUUCCUUUAUCCCCUCUCGGGGUACCCCAAACCCUUUAUCCUCCCUUUAUCUCCCCUCGGGGUACCCCAAACCCUUUAUCCUCCCUUUAUCUCCCCUCGGGGUACCCCAAACCCUUUAUCCUCCCUUUAUCACCCCUCGGGGUACCCCAAACCCUUUAUCCUCCCUUUAUCUCCCCUCGGGGUACCCCAAACUCUUUAUCCUUCCUUUAUCUCCCCUCGGGGUACCCCAAACCCUUUAUCCUCCCUCCAUCCUCCCCUCGGGGUACCCCAAACCCUUUAUCCUCCCUUUAUCCUCCCCUCAGGGUACCCCAAACCCUUUAUCCUUCCUUUAUCUCCCCUCAGGGUACCCCAAACCCUUUAUCCUUCCUUUAUCCUCCCCUCGGGGUACCCCAAACCCUCCAUCCUUCCUUUAUCUCCCCUCGGGGUACCCCAAACCCUUUAUCCUCCCUCCAUCCUCCCCUCGGGGUACCCCAAACCCUCCCUUUAUCCUCCCCCAGCUCUGGGUACCCCAAAGCCUCCAUCCCUCACCCCAGCAGCCAGGGGGGCACAGAGAGGGGGGGUCUUGGUGCCUUUCCCAGCACUUCCCCCUCACUCCAGAGAAUUCCACACGUGCCCGAUCCCACCUGGAGGGAAAAGCCCCCGAGGUCCAGCCAGAGCUGCCCUAAAUCCUCAUUGCCCAAAAGCAAAGACCCCUCUCCACAGUGAGGAGGGGGCUCCUCUCCCAAGCCCCCAUCUCCCAGAGGGGUGGGGGUCCCUGAGCCCCUGUGGGAGGGGGAUUCUGCCCUCCUGCCUGGCUGGGGUUUGGCUGCAGGAUGGGGAAGGGCUGGGGAUCAAACCCCCCUUUCCUUUGCCCAGGCCUGGCAGGGGGACCCGGGGCAGCCCCUGCACCCUCGGCCCCAGGCUUUGCUUUCCUUCUCUUCCCUGGCUGUAAGCAAUAUGUUUUCAGGUUGAAACGGGGGUGGGGGUGGGAAAAGGGGGAUGAAAACAACUGACAAAAACCCGGGUAGAGCUCCCAGAUUAAUUUUACUGUACAAAGUUCUGUGCUCGCGGCCCUGGCUGCACAGUAGCUUUAGAGUCCAGUUGUUUUCCUAAUAUUUUUUAUUCUAAUUUAAUUGCUUUUAAAUUUUCCAGGCCAAGCAACUGUUUGGAAACACCAUGCUUGUUUUAGUGCUUUCUGUUGGAGUUGGCCAGCUCUUCCUGUACAUAUGUUGGUUUUUUUUUUCUUAUAUCCUGUUUUUUUUUUCUUCUUUGUUUUGUAAAGAGAAAAGAAAAAAAAAAAACAAAACAAACAAAAAAAAAAGAAAAUUAUUUUUCUUUCCCUCAGUACACAUUCUUCAAA